ACCACGGGGAUCUCCAUACACAAAAUUUUCUCUCUCCUCUUAACUUCACUUUGCUUUACUUCUCCUGUCUUUUUCUUCCACUCUCUCUUUUGACCUCUGUAUUUUCCUCCCUCUUCUUUCUCUCUUCUCUAUAUUAUUUUUGAACUUUGAAUUCUAAAAACUUUAUUUUUAUAUUUUUAUUAUCACUUUAUCUUUGUCUUUGGUUCUCUUUCAUUUUUCCAUUUAUACUUGUUGAAGAGCGGGAAAAAUAAAUACUGUAAGAGAUCUGUUUUACCUCAGCAUGCUUCAUUUUAAGGAGUAGGACUUGUUUCUGACAGCGCUAGAAGUGAGAGGUAUAAGAUAUUGGUGGUAGAAAUGGAGAAUUAUGAGGUACUAGAGCAGAUUGGAAAGGGUGCCUUUGGUUCAGCCCUUCUUGUGCGGCACAAACUUGAGAAAAAGAAGUAUGUCAUGAAGAAGAUCCGACUUGCUCGACAGACUGAUAGAACUCGCAGAUCUGCUCACCAAGAGAAAGAGCUGAUAUCUAAAAUAAGGCAUCCUUUUGUCGUCGAGUACAAAGACUCAUGGGUGGAGAGGGGUUGCUAUGUCUGCAUCGUUAUUGGUUAUUGUGAAGGAGGUGACAUGCAAGAGGCCAUCAAGAAAACUAAUUGCAUCAACUUCACUGAAGAGAAACUUUGCAAGUGGCUGGUUCAGCUUCUAAUGGCACUUGAUUACCUGCAUAUGAACCAUAUUCUGCAUCGAGAUGUUAAGUGCUCAAAUAUAUUUUUGAUGAAAGAUCAAGACAUACGUCUUGGUGAUUUUGGUCUGGCCAAACUAUUAACUUCAGAUGAUCUUGCUUCUUCUGUUGUUGGAACUCCUAGUUAUAUGUGCCCUGAACUUCUAGCUGAUAUACCUUAUGGCUCAAAGUCUGACAUUUGGUCACUAGGAUGCUGCAUCUACGAAAUGGCUGCAUUGAGACCUGCAUUUAAAGCUUUUGACAUGCAAGCACUGAUCAACAAAAUAAAUAAGUCGAUUGUUUCCCCGCUUCCAACCAUGUAUUCUGGUGGAUUUAGGGGUCUUGUUAAGAGCAUGCUGAGGAAAAAUCCUGAACUUCGGCCCAGUGCUGCUGAACUGCUCAGGCAUCCUUAUCUCCAGCCUCAUGUUUUCAAAAUUAAUCUGAAGUUUGGGAGUCCCAGAAGAAACACUUUACCAAUAUCCUAUUAUGAUAACCCAAGGAGAACUAGAUUCCUAGAGUCCGAGGAGAUUCCAAAGCUCGUCGACAGAGAGAAAAGAAGAUCAUCAUACAGUAAUGACCGGACCCAGAAUCCCAGCAUCUCUGGAGCUGAACCGGAUUCCCCAUAUUCUUGUAUUAGACAGCAGCAGGAAUUUUCAACUUAUUUGAACCGAAAGUUUGAGGAUAUGUCCACUGGUAGCACUCACAAGGAGAUUGGUGUUGAUAAGCCUGUAGUUUCCAGAGCUUCUAAUGUUUCAAGAACCCCAAGGUUAUCAACACCCGCAAAAGGUUCUGCUGCCUAUAGGAGGUUGUCAACACCCUCAAAGAUAUCUUCUAAUGCUUCCAAUCGUACCUCUCUUCCCAUGUCACAUACUCCGACAACCAAAUAUACAAGAUCAGCGCGGAGAGCUUCCCUACCACUGUCAAUCUCAAGCAACAAGACAGCAGACCACACAACACGGUAUAAACCCAAUGUCGGUUUCCUUCACAAUGUCGACUCUCCUGAUGUAUCUGUCAAUGCCCCACGCAUUGACAAGAUUGCAGAGUUCCCAUUAGCAUCUUCUGAGAACCCCCUUUACACUGUAAAUAGAACCUCAUCAACCUCUGCUCAGUGUUCCUCCACCUCCCCAAAUGUUGCUGACCGCUCAUUGAUGAAGGACAAGUGUACAGUGCAGACCAUUGAUCGAACCUCAACCAAGCCGCCAAAUCUGGGCACUGAAUCUAAUAAUCAAGUCAGUAAUGUAUCCAGCAAAUCAUCAUCAGACUCCAGGCAACGACGUUUUGAUACUACAUCAUACCAACAACGCGCUGAAGCAUUAGAAGGUUUGCUCGAGUUUAGUGCCAGACUUUUGCAGCACGAGAGGUAUGAUGAACUUAGUGUGCUCUUGAAGCCUUUCGGACCUGAGAAGGUGUCUCCCAGGGAAACCGCUAUUUGGUUGGCCAAAAGCAUCAAAGAGACUGCAACCUAGCUCCUACAGUACUAACUUUCUCCCACGACUAGUCCCUUGUAUAUUGGCUAGCAAAUGUUAGUUUGGUUAAAAUACUUGUGAACUUUUGAUUCCAGGCUGUAGGAUGACUAGGAUCAAAAUCCUUGGUUGGGGAUUUUGGUGAGCCUGUUUGAUUCUAGGCUUGAGUAUGACGCGUGAAGCUGUUCGUUACAAUUGUAGCUGCUUCGAAAUUAUGCUAUAACCAAGUAAGUGCAACCUGAUAGAGGUGGUACAUGCACUUGUAUAAUGUAUAUUGUCAUUCUAACAAGUGCGUUAAGGAUGAGGGUUAGAAGCUGUGAGUUUCCUGAGCGUAAAUGUAUCAGUUUUUCGCUUUUGCCUUUCACCAGAAAAGAAGUGGUCCUGAUUUUCUGAAUGCAUAUGAUGUGAGUUAUUCAUGUCU